AAGAACGAAAACUGGUCUUUUCGCAGUUAUGGACUCUGGUACAAGUACAAGUUUGGUUAUACAUAUGAAAAUAUGCGAAAGUAAACUAAAUGGGUUCAAAUUGACGGAAAUUGAUGAAAGGAUGUAAAUACUUAUAUACGUAUAUAUGUUACAUACAUGCGCAUGUGUACAUAUAUAGCAUAUAUAGAUACAUGUGUGUGUGUAAUACAAGGUAUAUAUUUGUAUUAUAAAGUGCAGCAAGCACAUAAGGUCGUGUGCUAAUGCACACUGUAUUACGUAACAUCUCAGGUUUUGAACGAUUAAAUCGUGAUUGCCCUGAAUGCUGUAUCCAUGAUUUUUAUUCCAAGAUAAUCUGUAAUGUACGCGCAUGUACGCGUAAAAAUGAAAUGAUACAGUUGAACGAUGUUACAAAUGCAAGACAAUGAGGAAUUCAAACUCGUAAUACAUCGAAAGAAACGGACAUCUUUUGCUCGAAAAAGUUGCGAUUCAACAGUUACAUUACCUGUUGAUAAUGAUGAUGAUGUUAAUGAUGAUGAUGAGGACAAUGGUAGUAACUUUAAUAUCAAUUAUGAGACACAUUUUGGAAUGAUUAUUGAAGCAGAAGUCGAAUUGAAAAAUUCAUUGUUUGCUGACAAUGUUUUCUAUUCUUUGGGAGAUUCGUUGAAUGCCUUAAGACUGGAUGGUAUUUCUGAAAUAUUGUGUUACGGUUUGGGACAUUUCUCUUCCUGUCGAUCUUCAAAAUAUCAAUUGGCAUUACUCCUGUCGUUAAAAAAAUAUUAUAAUUCUAGAGUUUAUGUAUACGACCCAGUCUUUUAUUCCCACGAAAUUGAACUCCUGAAGCGGUUUGAUUGUAACAUUAUAGAAAUCAAUGAAGAAGGCAAACGAAUUAUACAGGACAGCGUGACGUUGAUAUACAUGCCGCAUUGUUCCAUCUAUUUAACUAAUAAUUUUCUUUACACAAAUUGGAGCAAAAGAUUAAACAAGUGUAUUCUGUUGACAAAUAGUUUUUCUAUCGUGACGGAUAAUCUAACAAAGGCAAAUAAAUCUGUUUCCUUAGAUUAUGUGUUGCGUAUUCGACCGUAUGUUACAGAAAUUCCUUUAAGAAAUAAUUUUAUAUACAAGGACGUGUUCAGCGACCUAAAUAUUCAUAUAUUUCUUGAAGAAAACAUCAACGCAAUUCCUCAAAGUUUUUGGAAUAAAAGGGACGAACCGUGUUACCGAGGUGCAGAGAUUCAUUACUUGACUGCUAAACAAACGGAACGAAUAGAUGCUAAAAAUUGUUGUACGGAAGAUGAAACCUAACGCAAAAUUAGUUCGCUCGCUGAUACAAGAGAUUCGACGAGUGUCUUCCGACCGAAGCGCGAAGAACAAUACAAUGGUGCAAUACAUUUUGGAACAAGCCCGAUCUCACCGAGAAACUUCAGAAAUUUUAUGCAAA